AUGCCAGCUCCUCCGCCCCCGCCGCCACCACCACCACCUCCUCCUCCGCCGCCCGGCAUGGGAGGACCGCCGCCUCCGCCUCCCAUGCCAGGAAACUCUCUACCUGCAGCUCCUCCGAAGUCAGUCGCAAAAGGCCGGGACGCCCUAUUAACAGACAUUACAAAGGGAGCGAAGCUGAAGAAGGCUGUCACGCACGAUCGAUCGGCGCCCAUAAUAGACAGGAAAUCUGACGGCGGAGGAGGGCCUAUAGCGGGAGCACCACCUGUCCCAGGAAUGUUGAAGCCGCCUGGCGGUUUGGCGCCACCAGCACCGAGCGGAAAUCGAGCACGGAGUAACAGUGACAUCGGAUCAGACACAACAGCAAGUGUGGGAGGUGCGCCGCAGUUGGGGGGAUUAUUUGCUGCGGGAAUGCCAAAGCUGAAAAAGACCAGGGGAGGCAUUGAUACUGGCGCGGAUGGACAUCACUCAGAUUCCGAAACCUCGCGCCCUGCGGCUCCACGAUUUCCCACAUCAGCAGCACCCCGUCCGCCUUCCAUGCCGGCUGUUCGACCUUCAAUGCCUGCUCCGCCAAUACCAGGUGGCAGACCUCCUAUUCCGCCUUCAGCAGACUCUGCACCAGCAGUACCGAGUCCGUUGGCAAAUUUGAAGAAACCGCCUCCAAAGCCAUUGUCAAAACCGUCUUCUGUGGCCAAUUUGGCUGCUGGAAAACCUCCACCACCUCCUCCGUCCUCACGGAAAGUGAGCACGGCUGCACCUCCUCCUGCACCUCCCCCACUACCUCCUACGUCCUCAAGUCCAGCUCCUCCUCUGGCACCUCCACCACCGCCUUCGAUAAGUCCAGCUCCGCCAGCACCUCCGCCGCCUCCGCCAACGGCAAGCCAGGCACCUCCUGCACCACCUCCUCUACCUCCAACAUCAAGUCCAGCUCCGCCUUCAGCUCCUCCGCCGCCCCCUUCAGCAAGCCCUGCUGCUCCACCGCCACCGCCGCCGCCACCGCCCUCCAGCGGUGCGCCUUCUCUUGCCCCCCCUCCACCACCACCACUACCCUCUGUUUCUCCAGGACCAUCAUCCAGAUCUACUCCUCCACCUCCACCUAUUUCACCAACCGCUACUAAUGGUGCUGGAUCGUCAUUAGCAAUGCAAGCAGCAACGACUGCUUUCGGGAGGAAGUCGUCUUAUGGAGUUCCAGAUGGGCCGCCUUCGCCUUCAUCGCCCGCCAUCUCCCCACCUCCCUCCCGACAGAUAUCUCAAUUACCGUCACGAUCAACAUUGGAUGCAAGCUCGUAUACGUUGACUAAUGGCACCUCGCUUGGCUCUCCGGGGCGAUCUGGCUCGUUCAGAGUUGAGGAUACCAGGUGGAAAUUUCAGGACGAGAGUCAACUACCGCCUCCUCGACAAUUUACAGGCGUUUCAAAGAGGUAUCGAGCAGGAAGGGGGAGUAGCGUUCCACUUGAUCUUGCCCAAUUUGAUUGA